UCAAGAAUUAGAAGUGUAUCUACGGAGAGUAUCCCAUUGCUAGUGAUGCAGAUGUUCCGUUCUGUGCAGACAUCAGUAAGUCAGUUGCGAUCGGAAGUAAUGAACCUGAAGGAGGCAAUAAAUGACAUGAAGACAGUCACAUCUGAGCAAAAUAAAUAUCAAACUGGUAGAUCGAAAACGAAGGUCGUGAGGCUUAAAGAAUUCCUCUGCACUACACCAAUGAGUUUUGACGACUUUGAGGAACGAUUAAAAAAUAAUGCUGGAUUUUCUGAACGCAUAUGCGAAGGGAUUUCGCAUGUGAUUAAUGCGAAGGAAAUGACACCGACGAAGAUGAUCACUGGGGUUCUACGACUAUUACUGCACAAAGAUGUACUGGAGCAGUUUACCGCUCGAAAACAAACUAAGGAGAAGAGAGUUUUCAAAGAAACAAAACUCUGGGCAUGCAUUUGUGAAGAAAUCGCGACGGAUUGUAAACUUUAUUCAAUUCCACUGAUCAAACUCAAGGAUCUAGAAGCAGCACUGGGCCACGUCAUCAACAAUUCGAAGGAUUGGGACAUGAAGAGGAAGAGGAAUAAGGAAGAUGAAACAAACCCCAAGGAAACCCCUGAUCCACAGGAAAUCCUCUAAUUUACGUUCAAUCCACGUACGUAAAAAUUCAAUAGAAAUCCUAUAGAAUCCUAUAGGGAU